AUGGCUCGAUCCAAUUAUGGUGACGGUCCUAAUGACCCUACGGGCCAAGGAUAUGACGCAGCAACAAACUCUCAACCACGACAACAAGAGGAGCAUUUCAAUGACUCUGAGGACGAUCAACGUUAUGAUGCACCACCUUCAUUCUUGUCGCAACGACCUCAAGGGCGUGGCAAUGCUCGACCCGCUCGUGACGACGAGUCUGGCGACGACAAUGAGGAUGGAUUUGAAGCUCCACAAUCGCGACGACAUGGACGACGAUCAAUCCUCUAUAAUCCUCGUGAAGUAGAAGAAGACGUUAUUCAACAGAUCGAACAACAUCAGAGAAUUCUGGCAUGGGGAGUACGCUUCUGUCGAAUGAUAGAAGAGUAUUACUGCAUUGAGGCAGCCAAUACCUUCACUAUCUGGGACUCAGACACUGCGAAUGUGAUGCGUCAAAUGCUAUCUCGACAAAUCUUCAAAUCGUCAAUAGCCAACAGACUGGUGGCACUACCUCGAGCUCGUGUCUCUCAUCUUAAGUAUCUUCCGUGGUGGCGAGAAGAAUGUGCUAAGGCAUAUGAAUUAUAUCAAUUUGACGAUCAAAAUCAGGCAAAACUGAUUACAGUGCGACGACCAAAUGAUACGCUUUCCGCUCCAGCUUCUGCGCCGCGAGUUCCUGUUCCUCAAGACAAUAUGUCGGAAGGAUCCGAUGAUGACAGCGCCUCUCGACGACAUCGAGGAGCGACGGUAGACACUACCCAAUCUACAGGCGAUUUGAGUAAGAAGAUCCGAAAGGAGACGCUCGGCAUCUUCGAUCCGGACAAUCCAGAUGACAAGGAUAACCAAGGACUUAUUACUACCUCCUCAGGCAAGACUAUUUACACAGAUGUCUUUAUGUUCUGCGAGCACCUCUCAGUAUUCAAGCGAUUUGGCGAAUACAGUCUUACGGACUACUACGUCGGGAUGCUGUCCGGCAAAGCAAGUGCUUGGCUUAUGUCUGAGUUGGACAGUCCCAGUCGUAACCGACUCCUUAACCUUCCUAUCACUGAGUUCGGUUGUAAGCUUACCGAGCGGUUCAAGCGUCCAGAUACAGAUAUUCUGAACGAACUUCACUCCUCACGCUACACUCCCAAGGUCGCCGCACGUGGGAUCACACUCGCCCAGUGGGCUCAGCGAAAGGCCGGUCUUGCUAAGCAGAUCGGACAUACGCAAGAUAGCACCAUCAUUACAACACUGUUCAACAAGAUUGACAUUGAGAUUCAACGAUUUCUUACGUAUCCCAGUGAAAACACAUCACUGACAAGCUUCAUUAGACAGUGUGAGCAGCGCCGAACUACAAUUGAACAAUUCUGUCGCUCCAACGAUCGAGGGGACAGAAAUGAUCAGCGAUACAAGUCUGGCUAUUCCUCAAGCCGUGACAAAGGAAGUCGAUCCGAUCGACGCUCUCACGACGAGUCCUCCAGCUCACGACGACGCGAUGACUACGAUCGAUCGAAACGAGAUGACCGAUACCGAAGCGACAGACCAUCGCGGUCGUAUACAGACGCCAGGAAGAGCGACGAUAAACAUGGCGAGCGCCGUCACGACGGCAAUCGUAAUCGACAUACUCAUUCGCGAGACAAUGACUAUAUGCGUAAGGAUGUCAAGGAGGAAAAGAAGGUCCAUUGGGAACGGAAGUAUCCUGUCAUGGAAGAAGAAGAUGAACUCGGGCCGGACAAAGUCGACACCGAUGGCGACAGCGAGAGUGUCUGCUCAUCGCGAUCUACAUCCUCUGAAGAGGCGUAUCUGACUUACAUGACUGGAAACACAUCUCAUCUCGACGGUCAGAAGGAGCUGUUUUGCGGUACCUGUCAGCGAUCCUUCCCAUCCCGAGCCGUUCUUUGGGAACAUAGCCUCGCCAGAACCUGCGUCAAACCAGCUCAGCUGGCUGGAGAGCAGGCACCCGCCAAGUCCAAACGGUGCAAUCAUUGUCGCCGGGAUUUCCUGUCUCGGAACAGGCUUCAUCGACAUCUCAAGACCGGUUGCGCAUCUCAGAUGAUGACGGCAUCCGAGUCUGGAAACGCUCUUCAGGUUAACGAGACGACAGUCACAUCCGCAAACGAGACGUCAGCGCGUGCUCAUCAUCAACCACAGGUCUGCGAAGUCGACGGCAAUUACACGCAUCUCAAAUUCGACGCAAUGAGCUCUCCGGGAGGAGAGACAGUUUCUGUCUGUGCCGAUACGGGUUGCGGGAAACCUGUCAUCUCCAGAGAAUGGCUUCAGACUCUGGAUCAUACUAUCGAACAAAAGACACCUGUCUUCAUCCGAGGAGUCAACGACAAAGUCGGAAAGCCUCACACUGAAUGGGCAACCUUUACCUUUUACGUCAAUGGUCUCGACAAGAAUGGCGCAGACGCUGGGCUCGCAGAAUACACUUGUGGCGCCUGGGUUCAAGAUGGAAUGCCGUCAUCCUCUCCAAGAGCAUUGCUUGGGAACGGAUGGAUGGCUCCUUAUGGUAUCAAUGUCAUGACAACAGAUAGACGUCUUCACUGCACAAGUCUCGAAGACUUCUAUAUCCCAUUCACCAUCUCUCAGCUCUCUCGUCGAGUCAGCCGUCGCGUCAUCGUGGCACGACCAACGACAGUACCUGCCGGACAGACACGUCUUGUCCCGGCAUCGUGGAAGGAAGUCCCCAAGGGAAGAACGUUCAUGUUCAACGGCUGCGUUGCGGAAGCCUCUGAUGCGCUCAUCAGCUCAGACACGGCUCCUGGCGUGGUAAUCGUCAACAAUUCCGAUAAGGACAUUACCUUUCAGAGAAAACAGAAGCUGGGAAACAUCGAGGAAUGUGAGGAAGACGAAAUGUACUUUUCCAGUACAUGGAAGGCCGCUGCCCUCGCCCUGCUGGCAACAGCCGGUAUGGCGACCACAGGGACAUCAGGGGGUGCUAUAGAUGUCGCAAACGUCAAGAUCUCAUCAGAGAUCGAUCUCACACCAGAAAUCAGCGCUGUGGCAACUGGAGAGAUCGUCCCUCGGGCUAUAAAUACUCCUCAAGUCUCCAUUUCUGGGAUGGACAAUGAUUACACCACCACAAACGCAAUACGAGAUGUGGGAAGCGCCAUCCUUGAAGACAUCAAGGAAGCGGAAUUGCCGUAUAAACAACAGAAGAAAAACAAGAAAAAACAACCGCUGUCAAAGGUCGCAGAACUUCUCAGCAACCAACCAGCUGCCUCAGCGGCAACCGGCUCAGCUCUCCCUCUCAUCGGGGAGCCAGAGGCGACGGUUUCAGAAUCAGUGCCGACAACACCUUACGUCCCGUAUCAAGUACAUGUGCAGAAGCAACCCAAUCUUCCCGAGAUUGUAACUCAGGAUGGAAUUCACAUCUACGACGACGGAUCCGGCUUCGCACGACAAGCUCAAGACCUCUGUGCCAAGUACGCUACUCUGUGGAUCGACUCGGGACUCAUUCACGUACCUGAGGACAAGCUGAUGACUGUACCUCUCGUGGACAACUGGCACGAACAGAGAGUCUCCCAAAGACCUUACGCCUGUGGACUCAAGGAUCGCAAUCUUAUCGAUCAAAUCUUCGACAGACUUCAUGAUCAGAAGCGGAUGGAAUGGGUCACAAAGCCCACGCCCUUUGCCGCUCCUGUAUUUGUCGUCUGGAGAAUCGUCGACGGCAAACCCAAAGGGAGAGCCGUAGUUAAUUUGAGAGCACUGAACAAGGUAACGAUUCCCGAUAGCUAUCCAUUACCGAGACAAGAAGAUGUCAUCGCCGCAUUGAGAGGAGCGACACACAUCUCGGCGAUUGAUGCCUCAUCGUUCUUCUUUCAGUUCGGGGUAGCACUGGAGCAUCGAGACAGAUUCACGAUCACAAGUCAUAGAGGCUUGGAAAGGUCUACUGUUGCUCCAAUGGGCUUUUGCAAUUCGCCGGCAUACGCUCAACGCUAUAUGGAUAGGCUUUUACGUCCGUAUCGGAGUUUCUGUCGUGCCUUCAUUGAUGACAUUGUGAUCUUCUCAAAGUCUGCCGCUGAGCACGCUCGACACAUGGAUACUCUGUUUAGACUGUUUGUCUCGAAGAACUUGUCUAUCUCUCCGACGAAGAGCUGGAUUGGUUAUCCAAGCGCUCAAGUGUUGGGAUUUCGUGUCGACGCCCUUGGUCUCUCUACAACGGCAGAAAGAGUCGCAGCCUUUGCUAAACUGAAGUUUCCACGGCAGCUUGCUGCUCUUGAGCAGUAUAUCGGGGCUACCGGAUACAUUCGACAUCUUAUUCCCUAUUACGCCAAGAUCAUGGAGCCUCUACAGAAGCGCAAGGUUGCGCUGUUGGCAGAAGGAAGAAGAACUGACAAGAUUGUUGACGGAAACAGAGGCAAAAGAAAGUCAUACACCAAGAACACAUACUACGAUCCCACUCCAGCGGAGAAGAUUGCCUUCCAGACGAUUCAGGAGCAGAUCGCAUCUGGUCGAGGAUUGGUUCAUCUUGAUCCCAAGAAGCGUCUUUUUCUUCAACUGGAUGCCAGCAUUCAGAGGGGAUUCGGAGCCGUUCUCUACCACGUCAAAGAUGGAUACAUUUGGAAGGAGGGGACACAGAUCCCAUCUAAUGUAGUUAUGCCUAUCUGCUUCAUCAGCCGAACUCUGUCUGGGGCUGAGACUCGAUAUGGACCUACAGAGCUGGAGAUGGCAGCGCUCGUCUGGGCAAUGAAGCGACUUAAGGCGCAUGUCGGAUCAUCAGAGGGAUCACUCACAGUCUUCACAGAUCAUUCAGCGACAAAGCAGAUCGUGGAGAAGACAACUCUUGAUACAACUAGCACCGACAGAGCCAAUCGACGUCUCGUCAACGCUUCUAUCUACCUCUCGGAGUAUGAUCUGCGUGUCUUUCACAUUCCUGGAAAAAAGAACUUUAUCCCUGAUGCUCUUAGUCGUCUUGAAGCUCCAGAGACCGAUGAGAAUGUUGAGAGACUUCGCCCUGACUACACCGCGCUUGAUGAUGUGUGUGUGGGCGUGGAAUCGCUGAUGUCUCAAGAGACAAGAGACAAAUUCAUUCAAGGAUACAUUGACGAUGUCAAGUAUCUGCCUAUUCUCAAGAUGAUUCUUGGAGCAGAUGAUAAGCCGGUCGACGCCAACCGACUGAACGGCGAGGACGCCGUUUCUGCUUCAAAGCGCGGCGUGCCUUUUGCUCUGAAAGACGGACUACUAUAUCAUGAGCAAACCGACGGAUAUCUUCGACUCUGCGUUCCACACGCCAUGAUUGAUGAAAUCCUGAAGAUGGCACACGACGAUCAACAUCACUUCGGCACGGAGAGAAUGACAAGAGAACUGUCAGGAUUGUCAAUCCAUAACCUGACCACAAGAAUUCGCAAGCAUAUUCAUGGAUGCAAGACAUGUUGUCUGGGACAGACAGAUCGUCAGCAAAGAAUCGGUAACUAUAUGCCAAUUCGUCCUCCUGUCACACCAAUGCAUACAAUCGCGAUUGACUUCAUCACCGAUCUUCCGCCAGUCCCUUCUGCUGGGAGUCCAUGGGCCAUCUCAGGAUUUGAUCUCUACGAUCAGCUUAUGACGGUCACUUGCGCGGCAAGCAAACGAUGUCUUCUUGUGCCUGGAUACUCUACGUAUACUGCUGAGGAUUGGGCAAUCGCGUUGUCAAGACAGCUGCUUCUUGCUGACUGGGGCAUCCCCAAGGUGAUCAUCUCUGAUCGUGACAGGAAGUUCACUUCUGCAUUCUGGCGAAAGCUGUGGGAGGUGUUUGGCUGCAAGCUCGCAAUGACUACUGCAUAUCAUCCUGAAGCGGACGGUUUAUCUGAACGGAGAAACCAGACGGUGGAAGUCGCGCUGCGCUUUCAUUAUAUCGAGUAUCCUCUCUCCGACUGGUCCCAUAUUCUUCCGGCACUUCAAUGGAAUCUCAACGGAGCUCACAAUGCAGGAACCGGGACAAGCGCGCACGAAUUCAUUUAUGGCUUCAAACCUAUGAGCGCUCUUGACACAGUGACGCCCAUGGAGGAUGUCGCAGAUCUUCCUUAUCUUCGAGAAGUUACUCGCAAGGAAGCACGACUGGCAAUGGAUUUCGCGGCAAUGAAAGGAAAGCGUUGGUACGACGACAAGCAUCGCCCCAUCACCUUGAAACAGGGAGAUCGGGUAUAUCUACGACUUCACGAUGGAUAUCAUCUUCCCGGCAAACCUUCCAAGAAGUGGUCCCAGCAGAGAACAGGUCCUUUUCUCAUUAAACGAGUCGUUAACGACUUAGCCUACGAACUGGAAAUUCCAGAGCAGUGGAAGAUACAUCCAGUAAUCUCCAUCAAGCAUCUCGUUCCUGCUCACGCCAAUGACCACAUUGACGAGCAACCUGGUCCUGUGGAGGGCGAACCAGUCGACGAGAAUCGCUACGAAGUUGACUUCAUCGUUAAACGGGAGGUGCGAAGACGAGGAAGAAAUGCUACACCCUUUGAAGGAUUUCUCGUGCGAUGGAAAGGCUGGGGUCCCGAACACGAUCAGUGGGUGAAGACUGCUGAUAUGGAUGAAGAACUGGUGGAGUCGUUCCGCAAGAAGCAUCCAGAGCAGUUUAAUGACGAACCACUGCGAAAAAGCGGUCGGAAGAAGCGAAUUCCAGCGAAGCUCGCUUGA